AGGCGCGGUGCCGCGGGCGGCCCGCGAUGGAUCUGUUCGGGGAUCUGCGGCGCAUGAACAAGCGCCAGCUGUAUUACCAGGUGCUGAACUUCGCCAUGAUCGUGUCCUCCGCGCUGAUGAUCUGGAAGGGGCUGAUCGUGGUCACGGGCAGCGAGAGCCCCAUCGUGGUGGUGCUCAGUGGCAGCAUGGAGCCAGCUUUCCACAGGGGGGACCUGCUGUUCCUCACCAACUUCCAGCACGACCCGAUCCGAGCGGGGGAGAUCGUUGUGUUCAAGGUGGAAGGCAGAGACAUCCCCAUCGUGCACAGAGUCAUCAAAGUGCACGAGAAAGGAAAUGGGAACAUCAAAUUCCUGACUAAAGGCGACAACAACGAGGUCGAUGACAGAGGCUUGUACAAAGAAGGGCAGAACUGGCUGGAGAAGAAAGAUGUGGUUGGGAGAGCCAGAGGGUUUUUGCCCUACGUUGGGAUGGUGACCAUCAUCAUGAACGACUACCCCAAAUUUAAGUACGCCCUGCUGGCAGUGAUGGGGGCCUACGUGCUGCUGAAACGGGAGUCCUAAAAAAAUCAUCUUUUCCCCACCAAACUUCAACCUGCAGGGGGGAAAAAAAACAAUUCACCUCCUGUAUUUCAGCUGGUUUUGUUUGUGCUUUGGUGUGCUCGGAAUAAAUGUGAAUAAAGUGGGGGUGAUGAGUGGAGCUGUUGGCUGUGGGUUAAUUGUGGAGUGGCACAUUUCCUGCCUCUCCAUCCGUCAUUUUUUUUGUUUGUUUGUUUUUUUAAUUGUUGAUUAUUUUUGAUUUCAUCUCAAUUAAGCACUGAGCAGCUUUUCCCCCUGAAUUUGUAACCAAAAAAAAAACCCCACCCUGAUGGCCUGAUUUUUGCAGGCCGGUUAUUUCAGGGCUACAAUUCAGGCUGUCUGCCAUUUACACCUUUUUUUUGUGCUCCUGGGGGUUAAAUAAACCCCCCCAAAAAAAAAGGUUUUACGGAGCUUUAACAGUGAGUGAAUGGCCCAGCAGCCACUGCAGGGCCAUCGACAGGGAGGGUAAAUCCCCCCUCCUGUGCCACUCUGGAGAGUUUAUUAUUCCCUCCUAUCACACCCCGAUAGUGUUAGCCAGAAAAUUGAUUUUUCAUUUACAGAUCCACCCGAAAACUGCUGGUUUUUGGUGCAAUUCCAUUGUUUUCUCUUCCACUGUCAGGGUUAUUUUCCUGCCUGGCUUUGUGUUUUUUUGGGAGCUGUGAAAAAAAGAACAGCGUGGGGCUCUUUUUUUCCACCCCCCCCCCAGAGUUUUGUUUCUCCUGUAAAUCCCUCCCCUCCACAAAAACCUCGCUGAUUAUCCCCCAAGUGGCCCCUUUUCUGUUGUGACAGCUCCCAGCUGAUUUUCCCUCCAGCGGCAUCGACUUCUUUUGUGCCCUCCCAGGAAGGUUUCGUCUCGUUCUGUGUAAAUUGUGCAAACAUUUGGACGAUGGCCUCGAAUCUUUGGGGCACCUGCAGAGGGUCAGGCAGGGCUGUAAAUUGCCCUGCUCCACGAGCACAUCCAUAAACAUUUCCCCUUUUAAUCCUCAAGUUACUCAACACCUCCACC